ACCAAAGCAGCUGAGCCGAGAUCCGUCCCAACUCUCCGCCUUUAGCGUAUGCUGCCAACAACCACCUUACAAUAAUUUAACGUGUCGAAUGGGCUGAACUGAAGCCUUGAUGUGGAAGUUCACAUUACUUUGACAUAGAAAAAAAUAUGAUGAGGGCAUUUGAACCUUUCAUUCUCUUGGCGUUCUGCUGUGUCACAGCAUCGGGCUACUUUGUUAGCAUAGACGCUCAUGCCGAUGAGUGUUUCUAUGAACGAGUAAACUCAGGGACCAAGAUGAGCCUCAUGUUUGAAGUUGCGGAGGGAGGUUUUCUUGACGUUGAUGUGGAGAUUACUGGACCUGAUGGGAAGCAGAUUUAUAAAGGCGAUCGAGAGUCUAGUGGGAAGUACUCUGUGGCGGCGCACAUGGACGGCACAUACAAAUUCUGCUUCAGUAACAAAAUGUCCACCAUGACUCCUAAGAUUGUAAUGUUCACUAUUGACAUUGGCGAGGCUCCAAAAGGCCAAGACAUGGAGACAGAAGCCCAUCAGAACAAGCUAGAGGAGAUGAUUAAUGAGAUGGCCGUUGCGAUGACAUUAGUGAAGCACGAACAGGAGUACAUGGAGGUCCGUGAAAGGAUCCACAGAGCGAUUAAUGAUAACACAAACAGCCGAGUGGUGCUCUGGUCUUUCUUUGAGGCUCUAGUGUUAGUCGCCAUGACACUGGGCCAGAUUUACUAUCUGAAGAGGUUCUUCGAAGUGCGACGAGUCGUAUAAAACUCCAAACCUCUGAACUCAACUGGUCAAGACCUCAGCUUCAGGAUUCAAGUCGGUCUUGUGGAUACUCCCAAGUGUCAGAGGGUGUAUUUCAAACCACCACAAUCAUCUUUCUCGCCACACAAUCCAUCUAGCUGAUGUCAUUAUGUUCUGUUGUCUGCCUUAAAGUCAGCACAGUCCCUGUUUAUCUCCAUUGUAAGAGGGUGCUUAUAAUUUAUUAUUUCUGUAAAUGUGUGAUAACCAUAAGUCACAGGCAGAGGGUGCUGUGCAAGAUUUGAGGUGUGGUGACUGCUACUGGUGAUAAAUAACCGUCAGAACUAGGUUAUUGUGUAAUGUACUUGCCUGUAUAGCUCAGAAAAUGAGUAUUAUUUAGGCUGAAUAAGUGCUCAGUGAUGAAGGAAAUAUUCAGAAUGUAUUUGUAAGUGAAUGAACUAUCUGUUUAGUAGUGGAUCUUAUGUUCCACGGAUUAUGCCAUGCUGUUACAUCUUUCUUGCUUUGGGCUUCUACGGUGUAGAUUUUUAAUCCUGUCAUACAUUCAAGGCACAUAGAAGGUAAAAUAUUUAUGUACAUGAGUUUGGGAACUUUUUCUGUUCCCUGUUUAUUACUGGUUGCUUGCGGUCACUAAAAUGUUUGAAUGAGAGAGGUGAUGUAUAAUUUUGCGUUAAACUGUUCCUUUUGCCAGAAUCAAGUGGGAAUGUUAAUUUAAGUAUUUUUGUAAUUAGAAUUUUCUGUCAGUUCAGAUUCUCAACUAAGGCCACUGCUUACUCUAAUCAGUGAUGACUGAAAUGUCAUGCAGGCGAAUGAAUGGCUUGAACUGUACAAAUGUAAAGUAAAAUGCUUAUGUUUGUGAAACUUGAUUUAAUAAAAGAAGAAUGAGACCUUC